AAGAUAUUACUAUUAAACAAGUAAACUCUAAAAAUUCAACUCCUAUAGGUGAGGAUGCUAAUACAAUUUAUAUGAACGAACUAGAAUUAUUAGGUGGUCAAGAAUAUUUGUCUAAAAUUAAUGAGAUUAUUAAAGAAACUUCUAACUAG